AUGGGAUCAGGAGCGAGCAAAGGUAGCGAAGUACAGCUUCGAGGCACUGGGAGCAUUAGCAGCGUGAGCACAGCAAGUUCCGCCAGCGACAGCGGAAGCGAGCAGCUGGCCCUGUGUGUGGCCAAGGGCAACUUGCCCAAUGAGAUGCUUCAGAAGGCUGCGGCGCGCCUGAUCCGAACGGAGCCCGGGCGGCCCGAGUCCUUCGCUAUUCCGGCCCGAGACCGGGAGGCCGGGCACGGGCCAUGGAGGAUGGCAGGGGCAGGGGAUGAUGGCAGGGGAGGAUGGAUUGGGAUGGAUUAA